AUGGUACGAAUCCUUGGAAUAGGCCGAAAGCGGUCUUUGAAGAAGCGAUUGACCCCUUCCGCACAAACCCCAGAAGGUCUUCGACAUCAACAUCCCAUGUUUCAGUACGCUGUCAACGAAUACUCACAGACAGUUGCGUCUGGGACGUCCAAUGACGAUGGACGAAUGAUGCUACAAAGAACAAACACAUGGAGUUACGAAUCUGAAAUCAAUUCUCCCCUAGCACCCUCCGGACUCCCUAAAGUUCGGUCCAUGCCGGAUGGUAUACCGCGCGAUAUUGAGUCGCAAAGGGUCCAUACUCCUUUAUCUCUGACGAAGAACGAAGGAUCACUAGAAAGAAACCCAGGGGCAUCAAUUUCCGAGUCUCAGCUGUCACCGCGUAAUGUGUCCAACCGCACUACCCCUUUGCCCGCCCUACCAUCUUCAAUUGACUCGGAAAUGCCUGAUGCAACGUACGAAGAGCAUUAUGGGGAUGCCUAUACGGGAGAUCCGAUCAAAUACGUAUAUCCCUCGGGUUACCAGUCUAUGCGACCGAGGUCGUGUCCUUGGAAGCUUAGCGUUGUUGUCUGCAUUAUGUUUACGUGGCUGUCAGUAUUUAUUGUUGGCCAUUGUUCGGAUCAGGUCGAUGAAGAUCGGUACAAAAAUGCGCAAAUCGAUGACGAUUCCUUGGCUAUAGAGGUCCGAUGGUGCGGUUCCCGCCCACUUUAUCUCAUGUGGGUUGCUAGCAUGCUGAUCACCGGUUUGUCAGCGGCGUACUGCAGUGUCAUUGGCUACAUCAAAGUUCGCGACUUUGCGGUGGCCAAUAGUCGUUCCCAGCCACCCGGUCUCGUUGAUGUCAAAUCGGACUACUACGUUUCCAUUACGGACUCAUCACUGGCCUCGAGUGAAGGAUCAGCAUCCACGUAUCGCACCACAAUCUACCAAUCAGACGGUACCCCCCAAUUUUGGGGAUCUCAUAUUUUUCGGCCUACACAAGCCGCUGUGGCCAUCACAAGUCGCUAG